UCAACAAUUUGAUGACUUCCUUUUAUUGUUGGCGGUUCCAGCUAGCAAGUAGCUACGUAGCAGCAUCAUUGCGUGCAUGUUCUCCGGGUGUCCUUGCUAACGAAAGACUUCAAUUUCAAUCGUUCACUCCUCUUGUAGAAUGCUUCCAGCUAAAGCCUAGCUAUCCUCAUCUUUAUCCUGAAAUUUUUCUAUGUUAAGCAUAUACUACGUAAUUGCCAAAGCACAGCAUCCAUCAGAUGCACUCCAUAGUUAUCCCUUCCCCGGUUCCCCCUCUAUAAAAAUCAUCCCCUUCCUUACUUUCUUCUAAAGCUCUGCAUCUAAGCUUUUUCCCACAUCAAUUUCCUUUUUUGCUUCGCACUUCAGUUUUAUCCCCACACCUUACAAUAUGAGAAAUUCAGUCUUCCAAGAGCCUGAUGAGAUAACAAUGAGCAUCAAUGAUGCUCAGAAGAAACUCAGAGCAUCAGUAAUUGUGCCACUCUUGUAUUUUGCACUAUUUGUAUGUGUGAUUAUGUCUCUUAUGCUUUUCAUUGAACGGCUGUACAUGACAGCCGUGAUCCUAUAUGUUAAAGCAUUGGGGAAAAAGAGAUACACACAAUACAAUCUGGAUUCUGUGAAAGAAAGAAUGGAACGGAAUAGAGAGCAUCCGACAGUCUUGAUCCAGAUACCUAUGUACAAUGAAAGUGAGGUAUACAAACUCUCAAUUGGAGCUGUAUGUGCACUCUUAUGGCCACAGGACCGACUCAUUGUUCAAGUUCUUGAUGAUUCAACCAAUACAACAAUAAUGACGAAUGUACAGGCAGAGUGCAGGAAAUGGCAAAAUCAAGGCGUGAAUAUUAAGUAUGAAAAUAGGGCCAACAGAAAUGGCUAUAAAGCAGGAGCUCUGCGGGAAGGGUUACAAAAGCAGUAUGUCGACAAUUGUGAAUAUGUGGUGAUAUUUGAUGCAGACUUUCAGCCUGAGAGAGAUUUUCUUGAAAGAACUAUUCCUUAUCUAAUUGAUAACAAGGAACUGGGGAUGGUUCAGGCCAGAUGGAAGUUUGUUAACGCGGAUGAAUGUCUUAUGACUCGUCUCCAAGAGAUGUCACUUAACUAUCACUUCUCAGUUGAGCAAGAAGUAGGCUCCUCAACAUGCCAAUUUUUUGGAUUCAAUGGUACCGCUGGUGUAUGGCGAAUUCAAGCAAUUAAGGAUGCAGGAGGAUGGAAAGAGCGAACCACAGUGGAGGACAUGGAUCUUGCAGUCAGAGCCAGUCUGCAGGGUUGGAAGUUUGUCUUUGUAGGAGAUGUGUCGGUUAAAAAUGAACUACCGAGCACCUUCAAGGCUUACCGAUUCCAGCAGCACCGCUGGUCAUGUGGUCCAGCCAACCUUUUCAAAAAAAUGACAAAGGAAAUCAUGCUUUGCAGACGCGUGUCUGUAUGGAAGAAGAUUCACCUCAUAUACGCAUUCUUCUUUGUUAGGAAGAUCGUUGCACAUUGGGUAACCUUCUUCUUCUACUGUGUGGUUAUUCCUGCAUGCGUUUUGCUUCCUGAGGUUUAUCUUCCAAAGCCAUUAGCCAUAUAUAUUCCAGCAAUCAUCACAAUUCUGAACACUGGUGGCACUCCUAGAUCCUUGCAUCUUCUCGUAUUCUGGAUACUGUUUGAAAAUGUCAUGUCCCUUCACCGAACUAAGGCAUCAAUAAUCGGGCUAUUGGAAGCCAGUCGAGUCAAUGAAUGGGUUGUGACGGAAAAGCUUGGCAAUAGAAGAAAUAACCAAGCUAGAGUUUCUUUUUUUAAAUCCAAAUUCCAAUGUGGAGAGAGGAUUCACAAGCUGGAGUUCAUAAUGGGGAUAUUCAUGCUUCAUUGUGCUGUAUACAACAUGUUGCACGGCAAUGAUCACAUGUUUGUAUAUUUGUUCUUGCAAUCCGGGGCGUUCUUCACAGUAGCAUUUGGUUUCAUUGGCACGUUUGUCCCAACUAGGCAGUGA